GUCUCCUGCAGCUUCUGUGGGACACAUGGCAGGAAAGGCCAUAUUACGCUAUUUGAAAUCUACAAAAUCACCUACAGCUUCACUAACUUUCAAAGGAACUGCAUAUGGAAAGCGUGCACCAACGAUGGCUGCAUUUUCAUAUUAGCAGCGUGGCCAAGAGUGACAAAAGAAGGGUUCUAUUCAAUUUUGAAUCAGGGACUUCAAUGGCUUGCCCUCAUGAUGUUUCUCAUGGUGGCCCUACGACACCUUUUGCAAUUGGUUCAGGCCAUGUUGAUAUUCAGAAAGCUUCUGAUCCAGGAUUGCUAUAUGACAUCCACCCUCUUGAGUAUUUGCUCUACUUGUGCAGCCUCAAGUAUAAUUUUUCUCAGAUAGCCAAAUUUGAUUGUAAUUUCACAUGCCCCAAAAGGACAACCAUGCAACCUGGAGAUCUGAACUACCCUUCCUUUGCAAUGCGUUUCAAGAGUGAUGCCCAUAAUGUUACCAUUACCUACAGAAGAACUGUCACAAAUGUUGGAAAUCCUCCAGUCGGUACUUAUAAAGUGCAGGUACAAGAACCCAAAGGAAUAUCAGUCAGGGUGAAGCCUAGCAUUUUAAGUUUUAAGAUGCAUGGUCAGAAAUUGAGAUACAAGGUGAGUUUCACUGCAAUAAGACAAAUCAUUGAAUCUGAUAGCUCAUCUUUCGGGUCUUUGACAUGGGUGUCUGGGAAAUACACAGUCCGUAGUCCCAUUGCAGUAACUUGGAUAUAGAGCCCUGUGCUUAUCGUACGUGAAAGCAGGGGAUUUAAUCAUGUGCUGCUCAAGUUAUAUAAUGUGUGUGUGCUAUGCCUAUGCGUAAUGUUUGAUGGGAAAAAUAAUUAAAGCAUAUAAAAUGCUUUUUAUCUACUUUGGCUUAAUUUUAUCUUUCUAAUGUGACCUCCUUGCUUUUUAUUUCCCUUAAAUAAAAAUUUUAAUUAUGC